AUGCCAGUACGACCGUGGCGGGCUGAAGCGCGUCGAAUGGAUAUCCUGCGAAAAAGAUAUGCUUAUCCCGUCUUUAAACUCUGUCUAUUUCGGGCAUUCCGAGCCAGCAGUGGGAGCCGGAACGUCACCCAUGAGCUCGACAUUCCGGAACCCAUAGAACGUCGACGAAAGCUCGCCCUACAAACACGUCCGAGAACAGGCGGGCUCACAAAUUUCUCAUCAGCAGCGCAUGCAGGCUCGCAAAAGCCGUUGAGGGACUACACAGGUCCAGUCCACCGCGCCGCAGUCUGCUUGGGCGAGCUCAAGUUGGGCCGGCUGAAGCAGGUAUAUUCCAUAGAGAAUGCGUCCACCUUCUCUUCAGAGACAACACUCAGCAGGGAUCUGACGCCCACGGAAAGUGCAUCUUGUCAGAGUCGACGAAAUCAACCGAACGCAGCUGGAUCUCGACUAGAAGGCGAUACCGUCUGCGCCUUGCUGAUCGGCACCUUCGAUAUGCGCACGCAUUUAUUUCGGUUCUCCUUGCCGUGUUGCGCGCGCCAUUGUAUCAAGCGCUACGGCGCACUGCCUUGCUUCGAUUCAGCAGCUUCAGGAGAGCGUCCUGGUGUGAUUCGACUGCGUGACGCGCAAGUGCAACGGGUAAACCACUGCAAACGCAGCCGGUUCCCCCUGCAGAGCCGUGCCUGGCUGCAUUCCAAAGCAGAUCAGAAAGGAGUACUCCGCCGCAAAUUUCCAGAGCGCACAAACUUGUGCGGAGCCCGCAAUGGCCCCAGAGGCACUGUUACGAAGAUAAGCUUCUGCACGAAGAAGACUCCUUGUCGCCAGCCGCUAGACAGCGGCCUCUUCCGACUACAGUAA